AUGAAGGGGGGCAGCGGCGGCGGCAAGGAGUCCGCCACCGGCUCCUUCCUCCGCUUCCUCCUCCUGCUCCUCCUCCCCCUCACCGCCCUCUAUUUCUUCUACACGCUCCACCUCCUCCUCGCCUCCGCCGCCUCCUCGUCCGCCGCCUCCUGCCCGCCGGACCCCACCGCGGUCUCCUCCCGCGUCUCCACCAACCGCACCGCCGCGGCGGUGGUCGACAAUAAGGCCGCCCCCGCGGCGGCGGCGGCGUCCACGGCCACGACGCUGCAGCACGUGGUGUUCGGCAUCGCGGCCUCGUCGCGGUUCUGGGACAAGCGCAAGGAGUACAUCAAGGUGUGGUGGCGCCCGCGCGGCGCCAUGCGCGGCUACGUCUGGCUGGACCGCGAGGUGCGGGAGUCCAACAUGUCCACGGCGCGGACGGGGCUCCCGGCCAUCAAGAUCUCCUCCGACACCUCCGCCUUCCCCUACAUGCACCGCCGCGGCCACCGCUCCGCCAUCCGCAUCUCCCGCAUCGUCUCCGAGACCUUCCGCCUCGGCCUCCCCGGCGUGCGCUGGUUCGUCAUGGGCGACGACGACACCGUCUUCUUCCCCGACAACCUGCUCACCGUCCUCAACAAGUUCGACCACCGCCAGCCCUACUACAUCGGCUCCCUCUCCGAGAGCCACCUGCAGAACAUCUACUUCUCCUACGGGAUGGCGUACGGCGGCGGCGGGUUCGCCAUCAGCAGGCCGCUGGCGGAGGCGCUCGCGCGGAUUCAGGACGGCUGCAUCAGCCGCUACCCGGCGCUCUACGGCAGCGACGACCGGAUCCAGGCGUGCAUGGCGGAGCUGGGGGUGCCGCUGACCAAGCACCCGGGGUUCCACCAGUACGACGUCUACGGGGACCUCCUGGGCCUCCUCGCGGCGCACCCGGUGGCGCCGAUCGUGACGCUGCACCACCUGGACGUCGUGCAGCCGCUGUUCCCCAACGCGCCCGCGCGCCCUGCGGCGGUGCGGAGGCUGUUCAGCGGGCCCGUGAAGCUGGACCCGGCGGGGAUAAUGCAGCAGUCCAUCUGCUACGACGGGGCGAACCGGUGGACGGUGUCGGUGGCGUGGGGGUUCGCCGUGCUGGUGUCGAGGGGGGUGACCUCGCCGCGGGAGAUGGAGAUGCCGGCGCGGACGUUCCUCAACUGGUACCGGCGCGCCGACUACACGGCGUACGCGUUCAACACGCGGCCCCUGGCGCGCACGCCGUGCCACAAGCCGGCCGUGUACUACCUGUCGUCGGCGCGCAGCGCGGAGGCCGCCCGCGGCGGGGAGACAACGGUGACGCGGUACGAGCGGUGGCGCCCCGCGAACGAGACGCGGCCCGCGUGCCGUUGGAACAUCACCGACCCGGACGCGCAUCUCGACCACAUCGUCGUGCUCAAGAGGCCCGACCCCGGGAUAUGGGACCGGUCACCGAGGAGGAACUGCUGUAGGGUGCUGUCGUCGCCGAAGGUGGGGAAGGAGGGGAAGAAGACGAUGACCAUCGACGUGGGCGUGUGCAGGGACGGCGAGUUCAGCCAAGUACUCUAG